AUGGUGUCGCUACUCCCUCCGCAGUCUGACGUCACACUGCCAGGCUCCACCCGACUGGAGGGCGAACCCCAAGGGGACCUCAUGCAGGCUCCGGGCCUCCCAGGCUCCCCUGCCCCACAGAGCCAGCAUGCCAACUUCAGCUGCUCAUCAUUUGUGCCUGAUGGCCCCUCAGAGAGAGCACCCUCACUGCCCCCCCACAGCCCAAGCAUUGCCUCUCCAGGCCCAGAGCAAAUCCCGGGCCACUGCACAGCUGGACCUGGCCCAGGCUCCUUCUGCCCCUCUCCCUCAGACAAGUAUCCUGGCUUUGGCUUUGAGGAGGGCCCAGCAGGCAGCCCAGGGCGCUUCCUCAAGAGCAACCACAUGCCUUUCCACCCCUACAAGAGGCACUUCCAUGAGGACAUCUUCCCUGAGGCACAGACGACCAUGGCCCUUGAUGGACACUCCUUUAAGACUCCGGGGGCACUGGAAGCCUUCGAGGAGAUUCCCGUGGAUGUGGGGGAUGCCGAGGCCUUCCUGCCUGGCUUCCCGGCAGAGACUUGGUGCAAUGGACUCCCUUACCCAAGUCAGGAGCACAGCCAAGUUCUGCAGAGGCCGGAAGUUAAGGUCAAGCCCCCAGCUCUGGACAGCGGGCCUGGCAUGUACUGCUACCAGCCUCCUCUGCAGCAUAUGUACUGCUCUUCCCAACCUGCCUUCCACCAGUACUCCCCGGGAGGAGGCAGCUACCCUGUGCCUUACCUGGGCUCGGCUCACUAUCCCUAUCAGAGGAUCACACCCCAGGCCAGCGCCGACGGGCACCAGCCACUCUUACCCAAGCCCAUCUACUCCUACAGCAUCCUUAUCUUCAUGGCUCUAAAGAACAGCAAGACCGGAAGCCUUCCCGUCAGCGAAAUCUACAAUUUCAUGACAGAGCACUUCCCUUAUUUCAAGACCGCGCCUGACGGCUGGAAGAAUUCUGUUCGCCAUAACCUGUCUCUCAACAAGUGCUUCGAGAAGGUGGAGAAUAAGUCGGGAAGUUCUUCUCGCAAGGGCUGUCUGUGGGCCCUCAAUCCUUCCAAGAUCGACAAGAUGCAGGAGGAGCUGCAGAAGUGGAAGAGGAAAGACCCAAUCGCUGUGCGCAAAAGCAUGGCCAAACCAGAAGAGCUGGACAGCCUCAUUGGAGACAAAAGGGAGAAACUGGGCUGUCCACCCCCUGGGCUGGCAGGCCCAGGUUCCAUCCGGCCCAUGGCACCGUCAGCUGGUCUCUCCCAGCCUCUGCACCCAAUGCACCCAGCUCCAGGGCCCAUGCCUGGCAAGAACCCCUUGCAGGACCUACUGGGUGGUCAUGCACCCUCCUGCUAUGGGCAGACCUACCCACACCUUUCUCCCAGCCUGGCCCCUUCUGGACACCCGCAGCCAUUGUUUUCACAGCCAGAUGGGCAUCUUGAGCUGCAGGCCCAGCCGGCCACCCCCCAGGACUCACCUCUGCCUGCCCACACACCACCCAGCCACAGUGCCAAGGUGCUGGCUGAGCCUUCCCCAGCCAGGACCGUGCAUGACACUCUACUGCCGGAUGGAGACCUUGGUACUGACCUGGACGCCAUCAAUCCCUCUCUCACCGACUUUGACUUCCAGGGAAAUCUGUGGGAGCAGCUGAAGGAUGACAGCUUGGCCCUGGACCCCCUGGUACUGGUGACCUCGUCCCCAACGUCAUCCUCCAUGUUGCCGCCCCCACCACCAGCCCAUUGCUUCCCCCCAGGGCCCUGCCUGUCAGAAACAGGCAAUGGGGCAAGUGAACUGGCGCCUCCAGGCAACGGGGGCUCCGGGGCCCUGGGAGACCUGCAACUCAGUACCCUCUACUCGGCCUUUGUGGAACUGGAACCUACGCCCUCCUCAGCUGCCCCCGGCCCUGCUGUGUACCUCAGUCCAGGCUCCAAACCAAUGGCGCUGGCUUGAGCUAUGCCCAA